GGCCCGUCAAGCAGUAUGCAGUCUCGGCACCAUCUUUACUCCCACUUUUAUUUAGGUAGGUACAGUACCUACGGUACCUUGGUAGGUAAAGCAAAACUUGCAAGACUCCCCAAUUCUAAAUCAUCGCGUCGAUACUCAUUCAAUGGACACUCCCAAUGUGGCGGACCCCGCCUCGACCGAGGCCGCCGCUGCCGCUACCGCCAACACGCCCCAUCUUGACAGUGCCGUCCGGGUAUUAGUGCAGACCCAAACGCACCUCGUUCCCGGCGAUAAGUCUACCGACUUUGCGGAGAGAGAGGAUGCAAUGCUGAGCCUGAUCGGCCAGCACGUCUGGCAGCGCGAGCUCGACCAAUUCCGCGAGCGCCACUGGAACUACCAAUGCCACUUUGCCCUGGAUAACGUCGAGUGCUGGUUCCUUGUCGACCACCACGGCCCGGACGAGAGUCCGCCGCCAGACCCGCCGAUUGUAUGGUAUCGAUGGACCGGAACAGAAUUUGUAAUGGUGCGCGACCCGCUUCCUAGUAGGGUGCGUCGUGAGCUCCGGUAUUAUCCAUUCCAACGGGUCAACCGCGUCCUUAUUCAGGAGUACCCUAAGCAGCCACCUCCAAGGGUUUACAAAUCCCGUACCGAGGAGAUACGUAUAAAGCGAUGGAUCCUGUACGAGACGUUGCUUGGUAACCUAGGCUUAACUGAGGAGCUACUACGAUUUGCAAGGGAUUAUCCUGACGCGGCGGAAUGGGUGAAGCUACGGGUUCCACCGGAGGCUUGGGCGAGACUCGAGCAUCUUUCAACGUUCGUGCUACAACAACGCGAGCCCGAAGAGGGCCACCCCUAGACUGGGUCGUUGGAUCGGGUUGACCGCCGAGAGAGUUAGAGGGGGCUGCGGUCAAAGACUCAACGCUCGCCGCAAAUCAAAACAAAACAAACUAAAUCGAGCACCCAGUCAAACAAAUAAGAUCGCAAAUUUGAUCAAAUCCAUUUGACUUAUUUGAACUCGCCACUACUAGCCACAGAAGGUUGCUGGGGAUCUCAAAAUUGUUCCUGCACCCCAACAGCCACCACAACUCACAUGAUGCCCUGUGGCACCCCAAACCUGUUACUUGGCGCUACAAGAGGGUUUGUUUUACAGAUAUUUACAUCACAACUUUCGCUGGACCAACAAAACCAGGCAUCCAACUAUCUAUAAGAGCUAGGUAAUAUCCUGCCUACUAUGGUGUUGAGAUGAAGUAGGAUCGUUUAAUUCGGGUUCAUUUUUUUAUAG